GGAGUAAAUAAUAUCGGACGUGGCAGCGAAAACCAUUUCUACUUGUCUGUGCUACCUGUUGAUUAGAUUUCCCUGAUAACCGAUUGAUAACAAGCAAAUUAUUUUGGCAACAAGUCGCCAACAACCAAAAAUAAUUUGAUAUACUUUCGAAUCGCAACAAUAAUAAUAAUUAUUCAAAUAACUGUAAAGUAAACAGAGGACUCGACUUCCACUUCUCCGAAAAAACCUACUAACACUGAUUGUUAUCUCGCGUUAGUGCAAUAUUCAAUUUUUAGUAUUUUUACUCGUCGGUUUGAAUUAUUGGAAUUUGUUUGUUUUUCGCCUAUAAUCUCAUGAUUGAUAUUAUGUGUCCAAUCAAUUCGAAGGUCUGAAAAAUGUUCAAUUACGUGUACACACAUUUUAUUUGACUAAAGCAGUGUAAUGCUUACAUUCGUUUGUGAAUGUCAUUACUGGACGUUGAGAAACGACCUGACCGUCAGCUACACAGAUUUUAGUCACUUCAAAUAUAAUGAGAAAAAAGAAACGGAAACGUCUUCAGACAAGAUCAUCAAGAAAAAAUAUGUUGAAGCGAUCGGGUGUAAUUGGUCAGUGUCUAAUAAGAGGCCGUUGAAAUUGAGAGAUUCGUUAAAAUAUUUUGAAACUGAACUCAACGACCAUCAUUUGAUUGCUGUUGAAUGGAUAAAAAAAGACAGAAUAGCAUUUAUAGUUAGUAAUGGAUCUACUAUAUUCGUCACAUUUGAUCCCGCUACUUGUGAUUUAAUCGAAAUUGUUACUGAUAAAUUUUUGCAAUCAAAAUUUCAAUGCGAUCAAUUAAUUAAUGUAUCCUAUGCAAAACAAGUGCUGGUAUGCUCAUUUUCGGAUCAUAAAUUGGGCAUUAUACAUUUUGGCCGUUCAUUUGAUCGCACACUGAACAAAUGGUCCUUUCUAGAUCCAAAAAUUGGAUUAUCCGAUUUUAGCAAUUCUACCACUAAUAGAAAAAAUGAACGAAAAAUAACAUUUAAUGUAUCCUCAACUAUGGUGGCCACCUGGUCCAAGUCAUCAUUAAAUGAAGUUUAUCCUUGGAACCCGUUGGUGAAAGAUGAACACAGAGCUAAUGUCCAUGUGUAUAAAAUCAUUGGGCCUCGACUAGAACUUUGUUGCUAUUAUCAUACCAAACAAGAUCCUCUUAUUGUAUCAUUUAGUAAAACAAUAUCAAAUAUUAUAUUCAUUUUGGAACAGAAGAAUUGCAACGACUCUCGUUUCGAUUUUAGUACAUUUGAAGUGACCAAUACAAAAUUACAUUUAGUCAAGGUAGUGACAAUUAGUCCGUUUGAUUGGUGUUCUGCCGCCAUAAUAAAUGCAUGGUUAAACAAAGAUGACACACGUUUAUGUUUCUCAUACAACGAUUCUAUACUGUUUAUCCACGAUUUCAAAUUAUCUAUCACAUGUUCAGUAAAAACUGCUUUUCCUGUGGAGUAUUUGGAUUGGCACCCAGAUGGUAAUUUAAUCGCUGUAUCAGAUAGUAAUGGUAGGAUACAGUGUUACGAUUCGUGCUUGUCUUGCAUUCGUCUACAACCGUUGACAGAAGAAGCAAAUUCAUCGGCUUGGUUAGAUUUUCAAUCCAAAGUUGGGAACAAAAAACUUUUCUCCGUGAAAUGGAUGCCAUGUGAAACGACAAAACAUGCUGUGAACCAAUCUGAUGCCAUUCUUCAUCUCAUAUUUGAAAAGGGCCCUGUGAUUGCCAUUAAGGUACUCGGCGUUGGGAAGUUGUGUGUAAAUCAAUUAGUUUCCAUGUAUUUAAAUGAAAAUGAUGUCGAUCACGCUCUCAACUUUCUACUGGGACUAGAUUGGCAUUCUGAUGGGCCACUAUGUUUAACAACCUUGCAACAAAUUACAAAUUAUUUGUUUCGAUUGUCAUUUACUCCUGUGAGAGAAGUGCAAUUACAAUCUGCAAUCGGUAGUUUCUACCAACCUGUUAUACCGUUAAGUGAAGAUGCAAAACAUGAAUAUUUUGAACCUGUUCGGAAUAUUGCACGGCGUUUUUUUCAUCAUUUAGUGAGAUACGAACUUUAUGAAAAAGCAUACAGUCUAGCCAUUGAUUUGAAUGACAGAGAUUUAUUUAUGGAUCUAUAUUGGGCCACAAAAUCAGGGAUUGGUACUAGAGCUAUGGCAACCAUGGCAUUGGAGAAAGCUAAUCAAAUUGUGUCAUCAGAAUCAGACGAUUCACAUUCUAGUCAGUCAUCUGAUUGCAAUUGCACAGACUGUCAUUCAAAUUCUCCGUCAAGCUCAUUAAGACCACCUUUACCAAACGUGCCCAUCACAACAUCUUCUCCGUCAUUGUUUAUUCCAUCAAUACCAAACAACAGAUCACUGAAUAAUGUUACAACCAUAAGUGUACCAUAUACUGGUUCUCAUGUUGAACACGUCCAAACAAAAAAUAUAGAGCUACCAACAACUUCAUUGGAUAGUGUGCCACACUUAAAAUAUCCUUUUGAACAGCAAUUACUCACCCAAAAUACUCGUUUAGAAAACAAUAAUCAACAAAGUCAAAUUACAACUAAACCGCAACCUGAUAAAACUAUUAAAGUUGUCCAUUUUGGUAUUGUAUGAUCUUUUUUCAUCAAAAAAAUUUAUAUUUAAAUAGUAAGCACAAAUGUAUUAUUAGUAUAAGUAUAAACUAUAAAGACUGCCUAAAUUUAUUUCGGUGUGAUAUGGAUUAAUUUUGAAUUGGUCAUAAUCAGGCUCGAAUUUAUGUGUAAGCACAUAUACUUGUUUAUAAAUUAAAUUUGUAAAACUUUGACAAUACCGUCCAUUUAAUUUAGUUAUAUUUAUGGCUAUAAGAAAUAGGUUACAUAAAUACUCAUUAUGGUGGUUUGGUAUUUAUUUUAUGAAAUAUAUGAUAUACCUAAGGCUUUUAUUUUGUUUUUCUUGCCAAUUGUACCAAAUUAAUGCCAUAUUAUAUACUAUUGUUAAAAUGUAUUUUAUUUAUUAUAAUAUUAUUGUUAAAAAUGUUUAUGUAAUAAUUAUUAGUAUUGUUAAUACAUUUAUACAAAAAAAAAAAAUGUUUCAUUUUAUAUUGUUAUGCAGUUUAUUUAGACAACUCAACUAUAAUUUAUACACCAAAUUUUAUGUUUAAUAAAACAUUUAUUUUUGU